UUUCACUUUUAGGUUGUGCAAGAAUUGUGUCGCAUGAGUGUUUUUCUCGCUCUCUAUUUACCUGGAUUUAAGGGUAGAACUGGCAGGAAUUCCCCAUCGGGGUAACAAAAUCUAAACCCAGACACUAAGAUGGCAACAAACGAAAGGAAAAUGAGAAGAAGACUGAGCUUAGAUGUCCCACCUAUCAUGAGCAGCGAUGAGACAUCAUUGAGGCUGCUGGUGUUUGGCAGCUCAAGCCUUGUUCAGAUCGCACUGACACAUGCUGUGUUGGGGCCUGGGAUCUUUAACAGAGAUGAUGUCCACAUUUCAGCUACCAAGAAAAGUUCUGGGGUCGUGCAGGAGAAGAACGUAACCAUGGUCAACACGCCAAAUCUAAAGGAGAACGGUUUUCCUGACAAGAUCCUUCAUAAAGAGCUCAGGAGGGCAGUAUGUUUCUCCUGCCCAGGUCCUCACGCUGUUCUCUUCAUUCUGGAUCCCUUUCAUGUGACCAAUGAUGUCCUCGACAUUUGGAAGCAAGUGACACACCACUUUGGUGAAAGCAUAUUGAAGCACAUGUUGGUUGUUUUAUAUCAUGAAAAAGAUCUGAGCAUUUCCUUGGACGAUGAGGUUAAGAAGAACAGGACUUUCAGAGAGCUUGCUGAGAAAUGUGGUCAGAACUACAUCUUCUUUAAUGAAGAAAAGAACAGGACUGAGUCAAGUCAAAUACAAGCAUUGUUUGCCAAGGUAGAUGAGAUGGUUUUGGAGCAUGGAGUAUAUUCAAACCUGGAAUAUAAAGAAGCUGAAAAAAUGAUUAAGACAGAGGAACGGUUUCUCAGGAAGUCAAGGGAAAAGGAGAUUAGACAAAAGUUCAAGGAGUUGGAGGAUGAACAUUCAGGAGAGGCGCUUGCCAGUGAGAAGACAAAAUAUGAAGAAAGUGUCAGUGUGGAGUGCAGAGAAAGGGCAGAGCUGGUCGUUGCAGACAAAUUUGGCUUUACGGUCAGAAUUGUUGACUAUGCAGCGGCAAUAGGAAAGGGUGCAUUUGCUGGUGCAUUUCUAGGUUUUGCAGUCGGAUAUGAUGGUAUGGCGAUAGGAGCCGUUAUUGGUGCUGGGAUUGGAGGGAUACUUGGAGGUGCUAUAAAUGCGGUAUGGAGAUUUAUGGUUAAGUCCUUUUCGGAAGUCCACCAAAGGACUGUUUAGCAUAGGUAUCACUUCAGUUAAGAGCAGAGUCGAGUGCGAUGCCCUAGCCUUUUUAUAAAAUAAAGUUUAGCAGUCAUUUGUUCAGAAGUAUAUUGUUUUUUGCACAGAGCACAGUAUUGUAACAACAGCCUGUAAGCAGGAACAAAAGGAAUUAAAUAGCAUAUUAGGCCACAUGAAAAAAGUUUUGAUUUAAUUUCAUGGGAUUUUUUUAUAAUGUGUUAUACUACAACCAUUAUGGCUUACACUUUAUAGUAUAAUAUGAUAUAGAUUUUAGCACUACAAAUGAAAAGACACAUGUGUUAGAAAUGCUCAGUAAAAGGUGGCAAAAUGGCCUAAGAAGGUAUAAAACAUGGAUAAUGGAUACAGUGAAAUGUCCUGUAAUUUUUUAAGGGUUUAUAAGCAAGGAAACUGGAAAUUAGCAGUGAGUAAGUGGUCAUAGAAAAGUUGUAAAGAGUGUCUUUGGGCAGUUUUAUGAACCUUUUGAAAACACUGUGCAGUUUUCUGGAAUUAAAUGUGUAAAAAUACUCCUGAUUAUAUAUGUACCAUUAUUAUUAUACUUUUAUCUAAAAGCACAUAAAAAAGUCAAAAGCAACAAAAGUGAUUCAUGCUUAUGAAGAUAAUAACGUGAGCGGCAAUUCUAAGUUCAUGGAUUAUGCAAUACAAAUGUAUUCAAGAUGUACAUAUCUGUCAUUCUUCUGCCUCAUCACGUCAUGUCUUUCUUAGUCUUGUGACAGGAUCAUGGCAGAGCCUUGUGUUUUGUGCAGAUAGAGACAUUUAUUGUUUUUGUGGUUUGCCAUACGCUCUCUUGUCUCUUCUUAGUUCCCGCCCUUUCCUCUCCUCAUUAUUGCUUGUUAAUGAUUUCAUGCCCUGCACCUGUUCCCCUCUUGAUUUGAUCCCUUAUUUAAUACCCCUGUGUAAUCUGUCUUGUGCUGUUUCAUUUUGAUUGUGUAGUUGAGUUCCUGUGUCUUGUUCGGUUUAGUUUUUUGUUAGUUAAUGUUAUCUUUAGUCUUGUCUAGUGUACUUAGUCCGUGUUCCUGUCCAUCCGUCAUGUUUUUAUCUUUGUUAUUUUACCCCCUCGUGGGUUUUGUUUUGUUUAAAUUAUAAAAAAAGUCUUGCCCUUACCCGAUGUCUGCGCCUGGGUUUUCUGUCCCUUUCACACCCCCAUCCUGAUCCUGACACUAUGAUCAAUAUCAUAUAAAUCUGUCUAUAAUAAUGUUGCAUUUGUAAAUGUUGUUGAAAAUAUUUUCAAAUUAAAAACUGUUUAUC